AUGACAACUCGUGCGUGCGGUUUCGUUAUAUUUCGUCGUAUGCAAGGAGUAGUUGAAUAUCUUCUACUGCAAGUUUCUUACGGCGAAUAUCAUUGGUCACCACCGAAAGGUCAUGUCGAUCCCGGUGAAUCGGAUAUGGAAACCGCUUUACGCGAAACAAAAGAAGAAGCGGGUUUGUUACCUAAUGAUUUAAACAUUUUUGAAAACGUGAAACAAGAAUUAAAUUACGAAGCCAAUGGAAAGCCGAAAAUUGUCAUUUAUUGGUUAGCAGAAUUAUUGAACAUUGACAAAGUUAUUCAAUUAUCGUGCGAACAUCAAGCAUAUAAAUGGCUUCCACUUGAAGAAGCUCGCUCUAUAGCGAAAUAUCAAGAUAUGCAAGACACAUUGAAGAAAUUUAAUGAUUACAUAACAAAAAAUCUUUUAUAAUAAUAACAUUUUUACAAGUUCUUGUACUAUUAUUAAAUUGCUAUUUUUUACGUUUAAAAUGAUACAAGUGCUUGA